AUGAAUCUUAUCCAAGAGAUCCGACAGAACAUCACGCUGCAUGAACAACCCUCGGCCGGCGAUGAUAGCACUGAAGACAUUAUAAUCAACGGUAUGGUUUCCGAGGAACUUGCUAUCAUGCUUCUUAAAGGAUUCUCGAAACUAUCCAACCGCUGGUUGUUCAUGAGUACAGACCCCGUCCAGCUACGCACCAAAUCACCACUCCUGUUUGGUACUUGCAUUUUGGCAGGUCUUCAUAUUACUCCCUCUUUGCAUGGGUCAUCAACACAUCAAGCUUUGUAUCGCCAUGUUCACGGACUGCUCGGCCAGGCACAUCUUUCUUCGACUGCCUCGCUCGACACAAUACAGUCGAUGUUGAUAUUUUCCAUGUGGGACCUGCGACCAACUUUAGGCCCUGAUCAUGGUACCUCGUGGCUCCUCAGCGGCACGGCUGCUAUGCGGGUGAUUAUGACUACUCCAUUUGGGCAGCUUCCAAACACAACCGACGCCGGCGAAAGCGAACGAGCCCAAGCACAAGAAAUAAUGCGCACGUGGAACCUGAUUUGUCUCUGUCAGUUACAGUUUUCGGUGGGCUCUGGUCGUCCACCGAUCAUAUCCAGUCAGUAUUUUGACCAAUGCAUCAAAGUCCUAGAUUUUCCAUCAUACAAUGCACGCGAUGAACUCGUACUGGCUGGAGUCAGGUUAUACCGACUCCUUUGGGAAGUUAUAAGCUCCAACGUGAUAGAAAGAGGAAGUGCCGUUUGGCCCGAAAUCGACAAUUUACGCAAGUCCCAGGAGAACAUAUACAAGCUUGAUUCCUCUGAACCACUACGGUUUGCAUACUCCUGCACCUACUUGAUCCUGGCACGUCGCGCACUUCAACAUACUAUGAGUGAAACUCAACCCGAGGAAACGAGCAAUUCCAGAAUCACACCAGAAGAAUCAACACUCCCCUUAAUUCGGUUCGCGAUUAGCCAGUCGCAUCAGCUUUUGAAUCUAUUUGUCUCCAUGUCAGAUUUGACCACUUAUAUCCAUCCUGCCUACGAAAACGUGCUUUGUUCAUUUGCAAUGGUGACACUGGCCGAAUUUGUGGCUCAUCUAGAUGAUGUGGGGAGUAUAAUCAUUCUCAUGGAACAAGCUGUCUCUCAUAUUCAAUGUGGAGGCAAAGCCGAACCUGUAAGCCGGUGGUCUCUAAACAUCAUGAAGCAACAUGUUGCAGACCGCAUUGAACAAGAAGACUGCGUGACUUCGAUGGGAGAAAAUAGCACAGAGAUCUAUAUGCCGUAG